AUGCAGACAGCUCUCAGAGAAUUAAGAAUAAUCAUCGACUAUGAACCUGUCAUUUUUAAUCAUUCCCAAUUUCAUCAGUUAAUAGACAUCGCUAUUCACACAGAAUCGGAAGUAAUACAUACUUUAGUGAUGUAUAUACUUGAUAAAAUUACAGAAUACCAGCAAGAUUUACUAAAUCGUUUAGUACCUUUAGACUUUUUAAGUUUAUUCUUCGAACAGCUACCAAACAAGAACUUAUUGAUAGUCAUGAUAGAUUUUAUUCCUGUUUUGAAAGGAUUGCCUGAAUAUUUAGCUGAAUAUGGAAUUUUUCAGCUUUUGGAAAAAUACGUUGCCGAACCAAUUCCCGAAAUUACAAAAGAAUGCUUAACUGUCAUCAAACGACUCGCGAAAUUCAAUUAUACUGAUAUUUCAUACAUAGAGAUUUUAUGUAAUUAUAUUUCAAUAGAAGAUAUUAAUUCUAGUUUAUUAGUAAGUGCAUUGGACACUAUAUCAGCCAUUUGUGAAGUUAAUUCUCAAGCAAGAGCUAUAAUUCUUAAAAAUUUUCUAACACCAGAAUUAUUAUCAAGCGAAAAGUACUUUAAACAUAUUAUUGCAAUAUACAUAUCAUGUUUUCUCACAGAUUUCGAUCAAACUAUGUCUUUGAUUACACCAGAAUCAAUUUUACCGUUCCUUUCAUUCGAAAAUGAGAAUAAAGUGAAAGGAACCAUUUAUUUCUUCUACAGAAUCUCCAAAACUCAGCUCGGAGCCGAUUUAAUUUGGAAUAACACAGAAAUUUUUCAUUCUUUAAUACAAACAUUAUUACAACCGAAUCUAAAGUUCAAGAUAAUACAAAAUGCAUUUAAGGCAUUUACACAAUCUGUAAUCAGAGCUCAAGCCAAUAUUGAUCCAAAAAUUUUCCUUGAAAAUGACAUUUUUUCCACAAUCUGUGAGAUGACACAGACUUCACAUAGAUCACAGUUAAAGCAGAACCUUAAUUGUAUAUUGAAAAUUCUUGAAUUUACAAAAACUACAGAUACAUCAGUAUUUGAAGAACUAGCCAACUCAGAAACACUAUUUACUUUACUUGAUGAUACAAAUAAUAGCAAAGAAGAGCAAAUAAAUGAGUUAGUUAACCAGAUAUAUGCUAUUGUUGAAGAAGAUUAG